AUGUUAAAAAAUUUUGUUUAUGAAAUAAACGGCCUAAAUAAAUCAAAAUUGUUAUUUGAACAACUAUCUUCAUUAUAUUCAAUGAAUAUUUUACAUUCUGCUGAUGCUCACAGAAACUGGUUGCUGAAAUCAUACGUUGGCUUACAGCAGUGGCUUACAGGGGCUUGGUUUUUCUUCUUCACACUAACAACAUUGCUGCUCGGCUUCGUAUCACUGACUUUCUGCGGUUACCUCUUCUUAAUUGGACAUGCUGAUUAUUUCAUCUGGUUUGGGACAUUCAUGCUAACCUUAUUUACGUCUGUCUCGGCGCUGGCCUUCGUCUGCACCAUUAUUAAUCUGACGAGUGGAAUGACGACGAACGAGCGGGCAAACUGGGCGCGGUACUCCUACUUGAUCGAUUCAAGGGGUAGAUUAAUGAACCCUUUCAACAGAGGGUUCUUUAGAAACGUCGCCGAAUAUUUCAGUAUCAGUAAUUACGACGAGGUGGCUAGGAAUUUUAUUGAAGUCAAAAAGUUGCAAAUUGUUUAA